GCCAGCCAUUACUUCACUGCAGCAGCAAUCACCCUCUCGGUACUUAGUGAGCCAGACACACUAACCUGUCUGUCCCCUCCUCUUCUCUCUCUCUCUCUCUCUCUCUCUCUCUCUGCAUAUUCAGCAGAGCUGCCCUCCUCUCCUCCUCAUCACUCCUCCACUCCUGCGGCAUUGCUCUCUGCUUGAAGGGGGACACUGGCCUGCUCCUCACCCAGUGAUUCUGCAUGACUGUCACAAAGAUGUCAUGGCGUCCGACUUACCGAAGCUCCAAGUUUCGAAAUGUCUACGGGAAAGUGGCCAACCGGGAGCACUGCUACGACGGCGUCCCCAUCACCAAGAACGUCCAUGACAACCACUUCUGUGCCGUCAACUCCAAGUUCGUGGCGGUCGUCACCGAGAGCGCCGGCGGGGGCUCUUUCAUGGUUAUACCUGUGUCCCAGGCUGGCCGUCUGGACUCUCAUUACCCGAAAGUGUGUGGCCACCAAGGCAAUGUGCUGGAUAUCAAGUGGAAUCCCUUCUUUGAAAACAUCGUUGCCUCCUGCUCUGAGGACACCUCGGUGCGAGUAUGGGAGAUCCCAGACGGUGGUCUGAGGCGCAACAUGACGGAGGCGGUGCUGGAGCUGUACGGUCACAGCAGACGGGUGGGUCUCAUCGAGUGGCAUCCCACCAGCAGCGGCAUCCUCUUCAGCGCCGGCUAUGACUACAAGAUCCUGAUCUGGAACCUGGAGAUCGGAGAACCGGUGAAGAUGAUCGACUGUCACACUGACGUCAUCCUCAGCAUGUCCUUCAACACAGACGGCAGCCUGUUGGCCACCAGCUGCAAAGACAAGAAGCUGCGAGUCAUUGAGCCACGCUCCGGGAGAGUCCUUCAGCAAGCCAGUUGUAAGAACCACCGUGUAAACCGAGUGGUGUUCCUGGGCAACAUGAAGCGGCUGCUCACCACGGGGGUUUCUCGCUGGAACACCCGGCAGAUCGCUCUCUGGGAUCAGGAGGAUUUGGCCAUGCCAAUUGUAGAGGAGGACAUAGACGGCCUCUCAGGACUGUUGUUUCCCUUCUACGAUGCUGACACACACAUGUUGUACCUGGCAGGCAAGGGGGACGGCAACAUCCGUUACUUUGAGAUUACCACGGAAAAGCCGUACCUCCAAUACCUAAUGGAGUUUCGGUCCCCGGCCCCACAGAAAGGCCUAGGUGUGAUGCCAAAGCACGGGCUGGACGUGUCAGCCUGUGAGGUGUACCGCUUCUACAAGCUAGUCACCCUGAAGGGUUUGAUUGAGCCCAUUUCAAUGAUCGUGCCGAGGAGGUCGGACACAUACCAGGAGGACAUCUACCCCAUGACGGCGGGAACAGAACCUGCGCUGUCCGCCACUGAAUGGCUGAGCGGCAUUGAUAGAGACCCGGUCUUGAUGUCCCUGAAGGACGGUUACCACCGGCCAAACCAGUUAGUGUUCAAGGCCCCAGUGAAGGAAAAGAAGAGUGUGGUGGUGAAUGGGAUCGACCUGCUUGAGAACGUACCACCCAGGACAGAGAACGAGCUACUGCGGAUGUUCUUCCGGCAGCAGGAUGAGCUCCGGCGGCUGAAGGAGGAGCUGACCACCAAGGAUGUGCGAAUACGCCAACUGGAGCUGGAGCUCAACAACCUGAAGAACGUUAGCCCCAACAACGUCUGACCUCUCAGCCUCCUGGACUGGCAAAGCUGCUUCCUUUGCCCCCUCCCACCCCCUCCACCCAGUUCUGACCUCCAACAAGCUCCUGAGCCCUCCCACUGCGCUUUUUUUUUAUUUUUAUUUUUUGUCUUUAUAUCAUAACUUGAUUUCUGCUGCCCCGCAUAGUGCACACAAUAGUAAUGAUAACUGUUGGAUUAUGUCUUAGCUGGUGCAGUUACUGGGGAAUUGUAAUAAUGAAAAAUGUGAUAAGUAAUAGAGGCAAGGCAGUGUUCAUGGAUCGCCACCUUAACAUGAAAUCAAUAAUAGGGGAAAUUUGAGAUCCAGUCAAUUUUGGUAUUAUCUGUUUUUAUAAAUUAAUCCUCUUGCUCUAGCAUACUCUCAAGUGUUACGAUCAAUUAUUGCAUAUUUUCGGCCAGACCACCGAGGUGUUUGUUAUCACUAUGCCUUUUUGUCGGGGCAAAACUGGAGGAUACAAAGACUGUCACUGGCUCCUGUUUUCCUUCCCCAAAGACCUUACACCCUGCUGCAGACACGGCUUGCAGCGAGCUGCAACAUCAUCUCAGAAUCGAAUCGUCUGGCUGACGUGAAGUAGUUUUGCACCAGAAGAGCGUUCGGACACGUGGAUCAUGUUUUUCCAUAGAGCUGCUUUUCCCGCCACAUCUUUUCUCACCUACAAAUGUUGGCUGUAAAUUGACUUCACCACACUGUCACAUAGCAAACCAAAUCUCUUCCCAAGGGAUGGAUAGUUCAUUCACUUACAAGUAUUUUUUAUUUUUUUUUUAAAUAGUGGGAAAGCAGCUGGGGGACACAUGGAUCCAGAGGUGGUGGACUUGCGUAACUACUCCAAUGUAGUCUCAAGGGAAGCUUCGCAGGCUGUUAUUGGUUUUUUAGGGCUAAUUUUGAGGGUGGGCGAUAAUGUAUAUUUGCUUCUAUUUAUUUGUCACGUUUUACCUUUUUAGCUAAUAACAUGUAUAUUUGUUAAUCCCAUUUUUUUUUUUUUUUUGGAUGAUGUGGCUGCGCAAAGUAAUGAUUGUGAUGCUUGAUAGAUUUUGCUGAAUGUUUCCGGUUGAAAUGGUGCAAGAUUUGUGUGAAGCUGUACCUUCGAUGGUAUUAGUUUGACUCCAACAACAUAACUUGAGAUAAGGUAUGGAAAUAUACUCUUGCCUAUUCCUAACAUUACAGAAAACUGUAAUAAUAACCAUCCCUUUUCAUUUAAUCCAAGUAUAUUACUAUUACUGAGACGUGUUUACCGUAGAUGUGUAAUUUUGCUCGAGACUCAAGGUCAUUUGCCUCUCCUUCUCCACUUGUACCAUCAAACGGCUUUAUUUUUCCCUCUAGUCUGAAAUUGAAGAGAAGUGGGCACCGGAUUAACAUUUGAUUGGCUCCAUAAUGACAGCCAGGUUCAAGCAGGUACCAAAAAGAUUCUUCUGAACAUACCGUGUGUCUUUUUAAUCCGAGCCCAAUCACAUUCAGCCUGGUGUUUAUUACUGAUUCUGCUCUUCAUGGACUGAGAAAAGGAAAAAGGUUGAAUCCACUGCGUGCGUGACAAGACUGGAAUUUGUUCCCCGAGUGAGUCAAAAGUAAGUUAAAGACUGAAGGUCACAAGUCUUCCCUGAUCACAUCACAGCAGGUGCAUGAAGGGUCCAGAGCUUUAUAGCUUCAGUUAAAACAAUCAGAAGAAAAACUACCCUUUUUAAUGUAGACUUGAACCACCGAGACAUUAAAGGUAAAUGCACGUCUCCACCAGGAAAAAUAAAACGGCUACAAUGAAAGUAGAGAAGGGGAUAAAGGAUCUACCGGUGACUGAUGGGCCACAGGUGAAGUCGCAGCUGGAGUUGUGUCGUCUCAUGUAGUCUCAUGCACCGACGACUAAAAUCAACCACUUGACUGAUUAUUUUUGGGAAGGUAGGGUAACAAGGUGGAGAAGGCUUUUGAAAAAUGACUGAAACUCACUUUGUGUAAUUAUUGGAUGGCAUUUUGGAUUUGACUGACUAGUGUUACCAUGGCAAUACCUCCAAAUUUGUUUUGGCACUGAACCAGAUGAACUUUUUUUGGGAAACAAGUAAACCCCAGCUUAUGUUU